UCAUGUAAUUGUAAGGUGUGAAUUGUGAUCGAGAAUCGAAGUAUAUGCAUAACGCAUGUCUUAAAUGAUGUAGCUCAACAGUUAAUGCGUUUUUUCCUUCACAUUUCGGCAAACUUUGUUGUUUCUUUCUGUUAAAAGUAAGCCUCGGAGUUGGUAUUAAAAAACCCCAAAAGAUAGAAAGAAUUCGAGUUCACAUGAUGAACGGUGAACAAAUGACGAAAAUUAAUGGAGAUCAAACGGGGAAACAAAAUUAUGCAGUUGAAGAGAGUGACUGUCAAAGCAAUGGGAUGGUAGCUAAACUCCGUCUUUUCAGAGAUUCUCUUCAAACACAACCACCCUUUAUUUCCAAGGAAAUUGAUGACAUGACUCUUAAAAGAUUUCUCCGAGCUCGUGAUUUCGAUGUGAAGAAAGCUUCUGCCAUGCUCCUCAAGUACCUGAAAUGGAGAAAUGAAUUUGUUCCAAAUGGUUCAGUUUCCCCAUCAGAAGUUCCAAAUGAAAUUGCACAAAAUAAAAUGUUUAUGCAAGGAUUUGAUAGAACAGGCCGUCCCAUUACUGUUCUCUUUGGAGCUAAGCAUUUUCAAAAUAAAAAUUUAGAUGAAUUCAAGCGUUAUGUGGUCGGCGCCCUGGACAAAUUAUGUGCCAGGGUGCCAGCAGAGCAGGAGAAAUUUGUAGUGAUAGGAGAUCUUCAAGGUUGGUGCUACGCAAACUGCGAUUUCCAUGGAUACCUUGCAGCUCUAUCCAUAUUGCAGGACUAUUUUCCAGAGAGACUGGGGAAGGUGUUCAUUGUGCACGUACCCUACAUUUUUAUGGCAGUGUGGAAACUAGUUUGUCCUUUUAUAGACCACAACACCAGGAAGAAGAUAGUAUUUGUGGAGAACAAAAAGUUGAAAUCGACUCUCCUUGAAGAUAUUGACGAGACACAAAUGCCGGAGAUAUAUGGAGGUCAACUUCCAUUAGUUCCAAUCCUUCAAAGCUGCUAAUAAAAGGCCUUAGUGAUAACGUUGUAAAGUUGGACUCAACAUGAUGAAUAUAUCAUGUAGACUUUAUAUAGUGAUAAUACUAUGUAAAAAGAUGGCUAUCAACUAGAAUCGGAAGCUGCUUUCUAAUUUAUCAUAUUAUCGA